AUGCCACCUCGUGAGGCUGCCUGUGAGCCUUGCAGGAGGUCAAAGUUGGCAUGCGAUCAUGUCCGACCGGUAUGCACUCGAUGCCUGGGUGCCAAUAGGGCCGACGCCUGCGAGUAUCGAAUAUCUCCCUUCAAAAGACGACGAACAGACUUAGGCCCUUCGCCUAGGACAAAUAUCUCACGCCAGACUCGAGAAUCCGAGCCACCACCAACAGCAGCAGCGACGCCAACUAUUCGACCUUAUCCGAAUCCGGGUUUCCAAGGCUCGUUGAGUUCUGCUGCAAUCUUCAGUCACAUUUCUCCCCGACAUCAUGAACCGGGCACUGCUCACACUGAACCUGACACUGUACCCGCUGGGGUGUCUGUGCCUGCAUUGCUUGACAACGAUGAUAUCGCUUGCAGACAAGGGACAUCAUUAAUAAAGCUACUUCUUGACGAGUACCCACUGGGUACUCUCAAAGACCUGGUUUCAUUCUGGCUCGCUAAAGGCAUUAGUCUCUCACAUGCCGAAUCCCUGCUAGAUUCGUGCAUCGACAGCAUGGACGAAGCUCUAAGUUCUGGACAGCCAACAGACACUUGUAUGGAGCACUUGACUCGUAAUUCGCAGAGUCCAUUACUCUUUGGUCCCGAAACAACCUUCGCCGCAUACGUGGCUCAAUUCUCUGGUCACAAUGCCCGUCUGGAGACUCUAGGUAUCUUCUUAUCAGCAGUGGUCAGAGCCACGAACGAUGUACCUUUCUUUCCAACACUAUACAAAACGGACGAGGAUAAGUUCAGGCUACGGAAGCUGGCUACACGGCUAAGCGAUCACGCUCUGGAAGUAUGUCUAUCGCUCGACUGCCUGAAUGACCUUCAACUUGCUUUUCAAUACGAGAACUUCAUUGUCCAUACAUUUGUAGAUGGAGAUCAGAGCUAUAGCUCGUGGCGAAGGCUCGGAGAUGUCAUCGCAUCUAUGCUUGCUCUUGGCUACCACGAACGUGUCGAGACCCGAUCCAGGAUUCCAAACUUCUUGGUGGAGCUACGACAAAGUGCAUUCGCACGCAUAUACACUGACGACAAGGAAGUCUCCAUCUUUCUUGGUCGACCACCCCGGCUGAGUCGAAGAUUCUGCCAUUUCCGAAUACCAAUUGCCUUGGAUUCGUUUGAGGCCAAUGAAUCUGCACCUGGUACCGAGAUUAUCGGACAAGCCAAUGAGAUCAAGAUUGACUAUAGAGCGGGAUGCAGUUGGGCAGCCUUGUGCGCGCUGCUCAAAGAAGAAAUUCUGGAAUUGUUCAUCGAGAAAAAUCGCGAGCAUUGCGUACAACGAGCGAGUGUCAUCUGGGCAAAAGCGGAAGCACAAUGGAAACAGCUACCCACACACAUGCGCUACGACGUCAGUUGUCUCAAUGACUACAGAAGGAGCCCUUUCGAGCGCGACUUCCUGAUAAGCGCCCGACUGGACCAUAUACACAUCAGAUUCCUCUUGCGAUUCAUCUUGAUCAACAGUCUAGCACAGCCAGAUGACGAGAUGAUCCAGAUUGCGCAUGAGAUGCUCACUCUGGUCGUCCAAGCUGUGCUCGCUCGUGAUCGCCUCGCAAAUUCUGGAAGUGGCCUUGUGUGGAAAGUCAUUCUCUAUGGCUUGCCAGCUUCAGGCAUCAUCUUGCUCGCUAUCCUGGAACAACGCAACCCUUACCACUUCGGCGGCCUCUCACGCGCAAAGGUCCUGCAGAAUUUGAGAAUCCUCGUCGCCGAGAUACAAAUCGGCGCACUGUCGCAUCCAAGAGAGCCGAAUUUUGCUUUACUCACCAGAGCUGCGCAGACCAUUGAGAACUUCCUCGACUCUGAGGAGAGACAUGAUCAUCACCCGAAUGGUCAGAUCAACACUCAUCAUGAUGCGGCUCCUGGACAAAUGGGACCUUGGGCUUCGAAUUUGAAUCUGGAGGCUUGGGACUUUGAUCUCGGGUUUUGGGAAAAUCUUGCUGAGCAUCCCUUCUUGUCGAACCUCGAGUUCCCGCCGUAA